CAUUACAUAGAGUGUCGACAUAUUGUUCGCUUCCCACAAAAUAUUUAUUCAAAACAUCUUUUAAAAUUUGCAAGUACCUAACCAUAAUUUCCAAUCAUUGUCAUCCAAAAUAAGAAAACAUGGCCAGAAACAGUCUCUGUGCUGUCCCUGUAAUUGAUCUGGAAGUCUUUCCAGGACAGUCAAGGAAGAUGAUAGAGGCAUGUGAGGAAUUGGGUUGUUUUAGGAUCAUCAACCACCAUAAAUUCCUGCCUCCAGCACUGUCGUCGGAGAUGAAGGCGGUGGCGCGGUCAUUAAUGGAGCUUUCAGCCGAAAUUAAGCGGCGGAACAAGGGCGUGAUACGCAGCAGUGGGUACGAGGAACCUACCCAAUUCAAUCCUUAUUUUGAGGCCUUAGGCCUAUAUGACAUGGCCUCUGCUCAAGCUGUUGAUGCCUUUUGUACUCAGUUGGAUGCCUCUCCUCACCAAAGCAAAAGGAGAAAUUGCAAGAAGCAGUGGCCGACCGGCCAUCAAAGCUGCCGACCGGACACCAAGGCUGUCGAUCGGUUAUCAAAAGUGGCCGAUAGCUAUCAACUCUGGCCGAUGGCCAUCCCUCUUGGCCGACCAUCCUUCAGCAUGUUCCUAAGGUGGGUCAGAAGCAUUCUUAAAGUUGGCAUAAUUUUCAGAAGUACAGAAGUGUGCAAACAGAGGCAUCAUGAGGCACGGUGGUGGAUUUCCGGGAGGAAACCGAUCAAGCAUGCAUGCAUCUCUCGCCCCGAGGCGUUUUAACUGUUUUGCUUAGCUAGCUAAUUCUUUGGUUCUGUACUUAAUUAGUUAACAUGCUUCGUUAAUCAAUUUGUGUUGUAAUAACUAAUUAGUUAACUAGGUUAGUUAAUUAGUUGGUUUGUAAUAAGUAGCUUAGCUUAGCGCUUAUUAUUC